CGACGACACUUAUCAAGCACCCAGGCGUACCGUGCCGCCUUCACCUCCGUCGCGUUGGCGCGCAUGCCCUCCCAUCAUCUGCUCGACGCUUAGUUACAGAGUUCAUUUCUCGCCGCUCCUUCCGUUCUCUUCGUUGCUUUGAUAAUCUCCCCAAGGGGGCUAUCAACUUACUUUUUCCCCACGCGUCACUUCACACGACCCCUCGCCCACCAUUCGUGCCGUUUCGAAACCACCAUUCGCAUUAACAAUCUCGGGACCAAUGUCAUGCAUCGGGGCCUAAUGAAACUCUCGCCACAUAAACUUCAACAUCUCGCUCUUUCACAAUGACAGUGUCAGACGAACCUUCCCCGCCCCAGUCCGCUGCCGACAACGGCCACAGCAACACAGCAGGAGCCCAGCAGGCAAAUCCACAGCGUCGAAUCUCAUCUGGAAGCCGCGUUGCAGGUAUCACCGGGCCUGUGGGAGAACCGGGGCUUCCACCUUCACGGCCCUUGUCCAUCGCCACUACACAAUCAGGAAACCAACGACGGUGGUCGCAGGCGCAAUCCUCACCGCGCAGGGGAGGAAACAUGCAGAGCGUGGUAGGAGCAUCUAGUGUUUCCGGCAGUAUGGGGGGACACAGCCGGCCGACGACAUCUGCAAGUAGGACACAUGUCCCCCUUGCUGCAGCCGGCUUCUUUCGUCCCAUGAGCUCCCAACGCCUGCAACAACAGCGGAAUCAGCGACCCACUUCGCUACUUGGACACAGCCAGCUAUAUGCGGACGCAACCAACGAUUUUGGAAGCAAUCCAUACCGGCAGAGUGUUGGGUCAAACAGCACCACAAGGGGCGUGCUCCCAGUCGGACUCCACCACGACCCGGACCAUCCACCACCCUCACGUGGUACAGAUGUGACGGAUCGUGACCUUCCGGAUAGAACAACUGCAAACACAACUCCUACCGGGGCCGAGACGGUGCGCAGCAGGGGAGAGAGUAUCACUCCUCUCCAGAGACCCCGCCCACAACACCUAGACCUGUCUCAGACACACAACGAUUCCGCAAGACUCCCGACGCCCGGGAAAUCUCCCCGCUCUUUCAAAUCCAGCUUCAAAUUGCCCAGUCGCGAAGGCCGAAGUUCACGCAGGAACUCGCAAAUGCGGCACUUGGAAGGUCAUGAAAAGCUCGAGUCGGCGGAAUCGACACCUCGGAUAGCACGAAAGGAGGCCGUCAAAGAUGCUGUUAAGAAGGAGUUGGGGAAGAACUACGAAUAUUUUACCGGAAACACUGUCUUCUGCUGGGGUGGAAGACUCCAAAACACCCGAGAGCGGCCUGUGAAUAUCGCCACUGCGCUCUUCAUACUGCUCCCUGCAGGACUUUUCUUUGGUUUCUCAGCACCAUGGCUAUGGCUUCAUGUCUCACCAGCGAUACCCAUACUCUUCGCAUAUCUCCUUUUAGUCUGUAUUUCUUCAUUUUUGCAUGCUUCCACUACGGAUCCGGGAAUUCUUCCUCGAAAUCUACAUCCCUUCCCACCCCCUAAUCCUAAUGAGGACCCUCUUAGCAUAGGUCCUCCAACUGCGGACUGGAUUUCGGUCGUAUCAGCCGCGAAACCCAGUGUGUGUAUGGAGGUACCUACCAAAUAUUGCAAGAGCUGCAAUAUCUGGCGGCCUCCUCGAGCCCACCAUUGCCGCAACUGCGACAACUGCGUCGAGACGCAGGAUCAUCAUUGUGUCUGGCUCAACAACUGUGUUGGGCGCCGCAACUACCGUUACUUUUUCGUCUUCGUAUCGACUGCGACGAUGCUUGCUCUGUUCUUGCUGGGAGCCAGCCUGGCCCACCUGCUUGUUUGGAGGCGGCAAAAUAAUGCGACCUUUGGAGACGCGAUCAACAAGUGGCGUGUUCCGUUCGCCAUGGUCAUCUAUGGUUUCCUCGCGUUCCCGUAUGUGUUGAGCUUGGCUGGCUACCAUCUUUUCUUGAUGGCUCGCGGCGAAACGACGCGAGAAUAUCUCAAUUCGCACAAAUUUCUCAAGAAAGACAGGCACAGACCUUUUACGCAGGGCUCUUUCUGGAAGAAUUGGCUUGUUGUCUUAUUGAGACCUCGGGGCCCCACGUAUCUGCAUUUCAAGAAGCAGUACGAAGAAGGCGACCAGAGGUUCGGAGAACGCAGAGGAAAGCGGACUGCGCCUCUUACGAAGGAACAACCAGGUGGUGGCAUGGAGAUGCAAGAUGUCCACCCUGCUCCAGCAUUUUCUGUAUCUAGACCUGUGCACCGCGAGACCCCUCCUACAAUGAGCUAGAUAUCAUUCUGUAAACCAAGAAUAUUUACUUUAAU